CACACAUACAGACAAACACACACACAGGAAGUGUCCUCUCCAUAAUAAACUCUGGAUGAGCUUUAAGUCGCUUCAGCUGAUGAGAAAGUGAGUUAAAGCCCUGAUAAUAAUAUAAGAAGUGAGCGUGUGAGUGUGUGUGAGUGUGUGUGAGAGCGUGUGAGCGUGUGUGAGUGUGUGUGGCAGAUAAAGCCUCCAGGUUUUGUAACCCCUGUUACUCUGAAGGGCUCUCUUCCUGCACGGGGACUCGCGGCUUGACGUUUCCGGGCGUGUCGCCGGUUUCCAUGGCUUUAAAGAGUGUGUGUGUGAGUGAGCGUGAGUGAGUGAGUGUGUGUGUGAGUGUGUGUGUGGAUCACCUGUGCCGCUGCAGGACCGCGUCCUCCUCCCGCUGCGUCCCGAGCCGUGACCAUGAGCGCGUGGCUGGGCUGGCCGCCGGCCCUGGUCCCGGUCCCGGUCCCGGUCCCGGUCCUGGUCCUGGUCCCGGUCCUGGUCCUGGUCCUGGUCCUGGUCCUGGUCCUGGUCCUGCAGAGGCUCCGCUUCCCCUACCUGUGGCGGGACGCCUCCUUCUUGCUGAAGGUGCUCCGCUACGGCGCGAGGCUGGAGCUGUACCGGCUGCGCGGCGACGUGCGCACCGUGGUGGACCGCUUCGUCCAGCAGGCGCGGCGCGUGCCCGACAAGCCCUUCGUGCUGUACGGGGACGCCGCGCACACCUACCGGGACGUGGAGCUGCGCAGCAACCGGCUGGCCCAGGUGUUCCUGCAGCGGCUGCGCCUGCGGAGGGGCGACUGCGUGGCGCUGCUCAUGAGCAACGAACCCGACUUCCUGUGCGCCUGGUUCGGCCUGGCCAAGCUGGGCUGCCCGGUGGCCUUCCUCAACACCAACAUCAGGGCCAAGUCCCUGCUGCACUGCUUCCGCUGCUGCGGCGCCUCGACCCUCAUCGUGGGACCAGACCUGCUGGACAGCCUGCAGGGCAUCCUGCCCAGCCUGCUGGAGGACAGCAUCCAGGUGUGGGCCAUGGCGGAGCGGACGGACCUCCCGCAGGUCUCCACCCUGCUGGACAACAUCCACGCCGUGUCCGACCGGCCUGUGCCCGAGGCGCUGCGCAAGACCACCUCCAUCAAAGCCCCCACGCUCUACAUCUUCACCUCCGGAACCACCGGGCUGCCGAAGGCUGCGGUGAUCACUCACCUGCAGAGCCUGAAGGCGGCCGCGGGCUUCUGGGCGUUUGGAGCAACAGAAGAUGACGUGAUCUAUACUCCUCUGCCGCUCUACCACAGCGCCGCCUCGCUCAUCGGCAUCGGCGGGACCAUCGAGCUGGGGGCCACUUGUGUGUUGAAGAAGAAGUUCUCCGCCUCCCAUUUCUGGAACGACUGCAGAAAACACGACGUCACCAUCUUCCAGUACAUCGGUGAACUCUGCAGAUACCUCUGCAACCAGCCGAAGACGGAGCUGGAUAAGGUCCACCAGGUGCGGAUGGGCGUGGGCAACGGCCUGCGGCAGGACGUCUGGAGGGAGUUCCUGAGCCGCUUCGGGAACAUCAAGAUGUGCGAGGUGUACGGCUCCACCGAGGGCAACCUGUGCUUCAUGAACCACAUCGGGAAGAUCGGGGUGGUGGGCCGCUCCAACUUCUUCUACAGGCUUCUGUUCAAGUACGACCUGGUGAAAUACGACAUGGUGAAAGACGAGCCGGUGAGAGAUCAGCACGGCUUCUGCCAGCGAGUGAAGACGGGCGAGACAGGACUGCUGCUGUCCAAGGUCAGCUUCUUCAGCCCGUUCUUCGGAUACGCCGGGAGCAAGAAGCUGACGGAGAGGAAGCUGAUGAGGAACGUGCUGGCGAAGGGCGACGCGUACUUUAACACGGGGGACCUCAUGGCCGAAGACCACGACGGCUUCAUCUGCUUCCGGGACCGAGUGGGAGACACGUACAGGUGGAAGGGCGAAAACGUAGCGACCACCGAGGUGAUGGAGACUUUGGGGCUGGUGGACUUCAUCCAGGAAGUCAACGUGUACGGAGUGGAAGUGCCAGGACAUGAGGGCCGAGCUGGGAUGGCGGCCGUCAUCGUGCGACCAGACAUGGCCUUCGACGGGAAGAAGCUGUUCGAGCACGCGGUGGGAGACCUGCCGGCGUACGCCCGUCCGCUCUUCAUCCGGCUGCAGGAGAUCAUGGAGAUGACCAGCACCUUCAAGCAGCAGAAGUUCCAGCUGGUCCAGAGCGGAUUCAACCCGUCCACCGUCUGCGAUCCGCUCUACGUGUUGGACUACCAGCAGGAGAGCUACAUUCCCCUCACAGAGGGCAUCUACAAGAGCAUCGCCGCCGGAGAGCGAAAGCUGUAGAACUCUGGAAAGACCCGGCAGGACCUGGACUGAGACCAGGACUGAGACCUGGACUGAGACCUGGACUGGGACCUGGACUGGGACCUGCUGCUGUUUGCACCACAUGGUACAGUCACAUGAAGAUGACGAGACGUCCCAGAACACUUGAGUUUCAUUGAGAACAGAGCCUGAUCAGGAGAAUCUGAACACCUUUAAACAGCAAACUGCGUCCAGUCACUUAAUGAAAAGGUUGUUUUUAGACAAAGUCUAGAAGUUUUUAACUUUCUGCACUGAUAAUUGUGUUUUAUAAGUGAAGAAAUUAUUUUUUUAAUGAUGGAGAAGCUAAAGCUUUAAUGGAAUCACGUUUGAAAUGAGCAGGUGUGACUUAAGGAAGGAAUAACUGAAGUGUGUUUCUUGGUUUAUCUGCACAGUUUACAGACUAAGGUUAAUUUUUGUUUUGCUUUUUUUUUUUUUACUUGAAAUGGAAGUUUUUAAUCCAGAUGUGUGAAGUGAUGUAAGUUUUUUUCUGGGAUUUGAAGGAAUGGUUCUUUUAAAUUCCUGAAAGUUAAUGACGAGAGAUUUUGAAGGAUGAAAUGUCUUUCAGAUUAGUAAUCUCAGUUCAAGUGCCUUAAUUCCAAGUUGAACAGAAUUCAGUACAGUGAAUCAAAAAAUCAAUUUCAAUGUUUUAAUUCUGUCAGUUUUUUAUUUGUUUCUGUCACGUCAGCGUUUUUCAUUCCUUUUUCUCAGAACUGGAGCGUUUACUGUUGACUGAAGUGUCAUUUAGCAAUAAAUAUGUAGUCCAGGGUUGUCAAACAUGUGGCCUGCGGGCCGAAACCACAUCAGGACAAAGAGGAGUUUCUUUUGUUUUCAAAAAAACUCCAGCCGUUACUUUAUUCACUGAAGAUCCAGCCCAGUCUCAUGGCCAGAGGAGGAGACAGGAGUCCAGCCGUGCUUUAAAGCUAGCAAGGUAGCAUUAGCUUUGAAUUAUAAGCCCCAGGGUUUUCUAGUUUAAAGCUAGCGAGGUAGCGAUAGGCUAAUUUAAAGCUAACACCGUUGGCUUUAAGCUGUAAAACCCUGGGUUUUCUCGUGUUAAAGCUAAGAGGGUAUCAUUAACUUUAAAGUUAGUUUGAAGCCAGUUUAAAACUAAUGCUACCUGGCUAGCUUUAAACCAAAGCUAAACAGGUAGCGUCACUUGGUUUUCUAGUCUAAAACUAGCGAGCUAGUGUUAGCCUUCCCGUCACGAGGCGUUCGUGGUGCUGAAGGCCGCGGGAGCUUCGUCUUCAUCGACAGGGACACAUUUUGCAGCAGCAGUAUGUUGACUUGCACUGAUUUUAUUUUCAGGUUGUGCAGAAGAAUUGUCUAAUAAAACUAGAACUUUUUCAGCA